GGAGGGAGCAGGCCUGCCGGGGCCGCCGGAGACCAGCCCUCGUGCCCCGGGCCGCAGAAGCCCCCGGUGGCCAGUCAGUCCCAAGGGCGCCCGCCUGCAGCCGGUGCGCCGCGCGGUCUUGUGCUCGAGCCCCCGCCCUCCGCCGAGGAGCACGUACUUGGGCCCGGUCGGGCCCGAACCGCCUCUGGGCCGUGAAGGCCCCGCGCUUUCCAGCCAGCGUUGCGAGUCUCCGGGGCGCUUCGGUGCGGCCCCUCCGCUCCCCGAGGCCCCUGUGUUCCGCGCCCUCCCCGCUGCCCACUCCCCCACGUCCCCGCCUUUUGACGGUUUCCUUCCAGGGAAUCAAGCGUUUCUCUCCCCUCCCCCAGAUCGAAUCGACAUAAACAUUAAACAGUACAACCGCCUCAGAGUGCGGGGAUUUAUGCCACGUCUGUCUGACACUGUAGCCCAGAGCUCUUGGAGGCAGAGACCACGAUACAUUGUUCGUCUUUGAAUCCCAGGUGCCCAGUUAGUACAAGGUCUAUGUUACAGAAAUCAAGAAUACUGAACUGAAUGUUUAAAACUACCUGAAGUCUCAAGAAUUGCAGGAUGACAGACACUUCUGAAGCUGUUCCGAACUUUGAAGAGCUGUUCGCCAGCAGAUUCACAGAAGACGACAAAGAGUACCAGGAGUACCUGAAGCGGCCCGCCGAGCCCCCGCCCAUCGUGGAGGAGUGGAACAGCAGGGCUGGCGGGAGCCAGAGAAACCGAGGCAAUCGGCUGCAGGAGAACAGACAGGUCAGAGGCCGGGAGAGCAGACGGGGGUGGCCGAGUGACAGCCGCGCCAACCAGUGGCACGGCCGGCCCUGGGGGAACAGCUACCCGCAGCACAGACAGGAACCUUACUACCCGCACCAGUACGGACACUACGGCUACAGCCAGCGGCCCCCCUACGGCUACUACUGACGGAGACGCAGCAGCUUUCCGGAAAACCAUUCACUCUGCUUCUGUUGGUCCUAGUUUUACAUCUGAUUUCAAAGAGGAUUAUUAACUUUUUGGAACAUGUUUUUUUUUGUUGUUGUUUUAAUGAGAUCUCACCAGAGACAUGAUGGUUGCUGGGAAUAAGUGCCCCCCUAAGAAGGUUGUGGAUUAUAUUACGUGACUUCUACCUCAGAUUUGUUUGUUUCAUGACUUAAUAGUGCUUUGAACUUGGUGGGUGUUUUCUUUGUUUGAUCUCCAGUUCUGUCUUUGUUUUACACAGAAAUAAAAAUUUUAAAGUAGAAAAUG